CCGCACAGUCGGGUGCGAUUGGUUACCCCUGGCGGAGCCGCACCUCGGACAGCAGCAGCGGCCGCAACCUAGGGUCCUGCGUGGAGAGUGGGGCGCGACGGGGACUCGCGGGCGGAGGCUGCGCGUGGGUACCCAGCACGCGAAGACCCAGCACGAGAGCGACUCGGGGCACAAGUGAGAGGAGGCGGCGGCGCCGGGGCCGCGGGUGACAGCACUGAGACAUUCCAUACAUGGGCUUCGAACAGAAGACACUGUAGAUUUGAAGAAUAAAAUGUGAAGACAACCUGGCUGCUCUUCAUUCUCAAGGACGGUGCAUCCUAAGUGUGGAAGACCGGGAUUGUAAGUGAAGAGAGUCUGCUGCUACAAUGCCCCGGAGCCAUUCCGUGGGAUCUGUGCCGUACAUCAAAAGGUACUGAAGUUUCAUAAGAAUAAAAGUUGUAGUCAAUGAGAGAGACAAAAGGACUGAGCCAUCAAAAAGCAUCGUGCUUGCCACACCGGCCACCAUGCGUAAAGGGGUACUGAAGGACCCAGAGAUUGCCGAUCUGUUCUUCAAGGAUGACCCUGAAGAGCUUUUUAUUGAUUUGCAUGAAAUUGGACAUGGGAGCUUCGGAGCCGUGUACUUUGCAACAAAUGCGCACACCAACGAGGUGGUCGCUGUUAAGAAAAUGUCCUACAGUGGGAAGCAGACCCAUGAGAAAUGGCAAGAUAUUCUUAAGGAAGUUAAAUUCCUACAGCAACUGAAGCACCCGAACACCAUCGAGUACAAAGGCUGUUAUUUAAAGGAGCACACUGCAUGGUUGGUGAUGGAGUACUGCUUAGGUUCAGCCUCUGACUUGUUAGAAGUUCAUAAGAAACCACUUCAGGAAGUGGAGAUUGCUGCUAUCACCCAUGGUGCCUUGCAGGGGCUGGCCUACCUCCACUUUCACUCCCUGAUUCACAGGGACAUUAAAGCAGGAAAUAUCCUCCUAACAGAGCCAGGCCAGGUGAAGCUGGCUGACUUUGGAUCCGCUUCCAUGGCUUCUCCUGCCAACUCCUUCGUGGGGACUCCUUACUGGAUGGCCCCAGAGGUGAUCUUAGCCAUGGAUGAAGGGCAGUACGAUGGGAAGGUUGACAUCUGGUCGCUCGGCAUUACCUGCAUAGAGCUGGCGGAGCGGAAGCCCCCCCUCUUCAACAUGAACGCCAUGAGCGCCCUUUACCACAUUGCUCAGAAUGACUCCCCCACGCUACAGUCCAGGGAAUGGACAGACUCCUUCAGGAGAUUCGUUGAUUACUGCUUACACAAAAUACCUCAGGAAAGACCAGCUGCGGUGGAACUAUUGCGGCAUGACUUCAUUCGGAGGGAGCGACCACCUAGGGUCCUCAUUGACCUCAUACAGAGGACGAAAGAUGCUGUCCGAGAGCUGGACAACCUGCAGUACAGGAAAAUGAAGAAGAUACUCUUCCAGGAAACUCGGAAUGGACCCUUGAAUGAGUCACAAGAAGAAGAAGAAGACAGUGAGCAAGGAAGCAACCUGAACCGAGAGGUGGACAGUCUAGGUAGCAUCCACUCCAUCCCCAGUGUGUCAGUGAGCACGGGCAGCCGAAGCAGCAGCGUGAACAGCAUGCAGGAGGUCAUGGACGAGAACAGCCCAGAGCCACUCAUGAUGCAGGAGGAUGAAGGCACAGUCAACUCCAGCUCCUCUAUGGUACACAAGAAGGAUCAUGUAUUCGUAAGGGAUGAGGCGGGCCACGGCGAUCCCAGGCCUGAGCCGCGGCCUACCCAGUCAGUUCAGAGCCAGGCCCUCCACUAUCGGAACCGAGAGCGCUUUGCCACGAUCAAAUCCGCGUCUUUGGUUACACGGCAGAUCCAUGAGCAUGAGCAGGAGAACGAGUUGCGGGAACAGAUGUCAGGUUAUAAGCGGAUGCGGCGCCAGCACCAGAAGCAGCUGAUCGCCCUGGAGAACAAGCUGAAGGCUGAGAUGGAUGAGCACCGCCUCAAGCUCCAGAAGGAGGUGGAAACGCAUGCCAACAACUCGUCCAUCGAGCUGGAGAAGCUGGCCAAGAAGCAAGUGGCUACCAUAGAAAAGGAGGCAAAGGUAGCCGCAGCGGAUGAGAAGAAGUUCCAGCAGCAGAUCCUGGCCCAGCAGAAGAAGGACUUGACAACUUUCUUAGAAAGUCAGAAGAAGCAGUAUAAGAUUUGUAAGGAAAAAAUAAAAGAGGAAAUGAACGAGGACCAUAGCACACCCAAGAAGGAGAAGCAGGAGCGGAUAUCGAAGCAUAAGGAAAACCUGCAGCACACGCAGGCCGAGGAGGAAGCCCACCUGCUCACUCAACAGAGGCUGUACUACGACAGAAACUGCCGCUUCUUCAAGCGGAAAAUAAUGAUCAAGCGCCACGAGGUGGAACAGCAGAACAUUCGGGAGGAACUAAAUAAGAAGAGGACCCAGAAGGAAAUGGAGCACGCCAUGCUGAUCCGGCAUGAUGAAUCCACCCGAGAGCUGGAGUACAGGCAGCUGCACACCCUGCAGAAGCUCCGCAUGGAUCUGAUCCGGCUGCAGCACCAGACAGAGCUGGAGAACCAGCUGGAGUACAAUAAGAGGCGGGAGCGGGAGCUGCACCGCAAGCAUGUCAUGGAGCUUCGGCAACAGCCGAAAAACUUAAAGGCCAUGGAAAUGCAAAUUAAAAAACAGUUUCAGGACACUUGCAAAGUACAGACCAAACAGUACAAAGCCCUCAAAAAUCACCAGUUGGAAGUCACUCCAAAGAAUGAGCACAAAGCAAUCCUAAAGACGCUGAAGGACGAGCAGACGAGGAAGCUGGCCAUCCUGGCCGAGCAGUAUGAACAGAGUAUAAACGAGAUGAUGGCCUCUCAAGCGUUACGGCUAGACGAGGCGCAAGAGGCAGAGUGCCAGGCCUUGAGACUACAGCUCCAGCAGGAGAUGGAGCUGCUCAAUGCCUACCAGAGCAAAAUCAAGAUGCAAACGGAGGCCCAGCACGAGCGCGAGCUACAGAAGCUAGAGCAGAGGGUGUCCCUGCGCAGAGCGCAUCUUGAACAGAAGAUUGAAGAGGAGCUGGCUGCCCUGCAGAAGGAACGCAGUGAGAGGAUCAAGAUUCUCCUGGAAAGACAAGAGCGAGAGACCGAGACUUUUGACAUGGAGAGCCUCAGAAUGGGGUUUGGGAAUUUGGUGACAUUAGAUUUUCCUAAGGAGGACUAUAGAUGAGAUUAAAUUUUUUUGCCAUUUACAAAAAAAAAUGAAAAAAAGAAAACAAAAAAAUUCAGACCCUGCGAAACUACAUUCCCCAUCUUAACGGGCGCUGCUCUCACUUCACUCUCUCUCUCUCUUUCUCUCUCUCUCUCUCUCUCUCUCUCUCUCUCUCUCUCUCCUCCCCCCUCAUCUCCCUCCUUCCCCUCCCCUCUCUCCCUCCCUCUCUCUACCUCCCUUUCUCUACCCCUCUCUCCUCCCUGCCUGCCAUCCUCCCUCUCCCUCUCUCUCUACCCCUCCUGCCUCUCUCUCUCUCUCUCUCUCUCUCUCUCUUUCUCUCUCUCCCUGACACCGUGUCGCACUAGUGCCUGUUGAUUCUUACUCCAUCAGGGGCCCUUUCCUCCCCCCCGUGUCAACUUUCAGUGCUGGCCGAGACCCGGCCGCCCCUGCCGUCACCACCCACAUCGCGGUGCCAACGCGGUUCCGGAUGCUCUGCUGAAGACCUCGGAGGUGGUUUUAGGGUCUGUCAACCAACAAACGGCGAUGGAACACAGAUGGAUGUUGCUUUGAGCAAUCCCUCAUUGUCACCAACCAGUGAAAGUAAAGCAAAAAAUGAGAAAACAAGCAAAUACCUAAAGAAACCUAAUAAAGAAAUACAUGCCAAGGGGGAGAGAGACACAAAAUCCGCAGCCUUACACCUUAACCAGCUGCUGCAUAACUUUAUUUUAUUUUAUUUUUUUGGUAUUUAUUCAUCAGGAAUUAAAAAAACAAAGUUUUAUUAAAGAUUGAAAAUUUGAUACAUUUUACAGGAACUAAUUGUGAUGUACAUACGAAGUGGUAACAUAUUAUUACUAUUUUGGGGCUGGGGUGGGUGGGUGGGGUGAAGAGAUCUUGUGGUUUUUAAGAACCUGCCGGCAAGAGUUUGCCUUGCUGUCAGCCUGGUCUACUGUAUCCCAGCAUCCUCUGCUGUUGCAGAUGGUGCGAGUACACUUAAGGAGCUCACAGAAUCCCAGUAGCACAAAAUUGGGCUUUGGCAAAUCAUGUAUUUUGUGUAUAGAGGGAAUCUAAGGAGAGGAAUUGCUUAUUUUCAUAUUGUAUUUUAACUGUUUCUCUGAUCAAAAUUUUUUUACUUCCUCCUCCUAUUCCUCCCCGCCUCCACACCCACCUCCCACUUCAGUCUCUGGAGUUCAGUGUCUUCUCUGUCCAAUCAUCUCUGUUUAUUUCUCCUUCCCCUCCCCACACCCCCUAUCUGUGGUCAUAAAUAUUGCAUUAUUCAUCCUUUCAAACUGUGUAUUUUCUUACAAUAAAAAAUGAUGAAGAGAAAAAGGCUUCACUCCUUUUGCAUGCACUUAAAAAAAAAAAAACUUAAAAAAGAAAACAUUUUUCAGGUUCCGAGGAAGAGCAUGAUUAACUGUCAGGGCUUUUAAUUAUAUUUGUAAAUAAAAGUGUUCGUCACAUGG